AUGGCUUCGCCCUCAGCCACAGACUCUCCAGAAGAGGAGAGCACCGAUGUCCCCGAGGUGACGCAACCAGAGACGAGGGUGGCCGUGUCGCGACUCCGGGCUAAGAACACAGCGCCCGGACCCGACGGAGUUCCUGGUCGAGCUCUCGUCCUGGCUCUGAAUGAGCUAGAGCCCCAGCUGAGAGGGCUCUUCACGGCAUGUCUCGAGCAGGGUCAGUUUCCCAGUGUGUGGAAGGAGGGGAGGUUGGUCCUGCUCAGGAAGGAGGGGCGCCCCGCGGACUCACCGUCCGCGUACCGGCCCAUAGUGCUGCUCGACGAGGCGGGCAAACUUUUUGAGCGUAUCAUCGCAGAUCGCCUCGUCAGCCACUUGUGCAGAGAGGGGCCGGACCUGGAUGACAACCAGUUUGGUUUUCGUCGCGGGCGCUCCACUAUAGACGCUAUUACGCGCGUGAGGGCCCUGACGAAGGAGACAGUAUCCCGGGGUGGGGUGGUGCUGGCGGUGUCCUUAGACAUCUCCAACGCUUUCAACACCCUACCCUGGAGUUGCAUUCGGGAGGCGCUGAAUUACCAUCGCGUGCCUCCCUACCUCCGCCGCACAAUAGGGGCUUACCUUGAGGAGAGAUGCGUUACCUAUUGGGGACGUGACGGCGCUGGUCGGCACGUCAUGUCGUGCGGUGUUCCGUAG